AUGAUGAUGUCACUGACUCUACUGCUGGGCACCCUGGGGCUCCUUGUUCAGGGUUCAUCAGGACAAAUUACCCUGACUCAGUCUCCCGGAUCUCAGUCUGCUGCUCCAGGAGAGACUGUCACCAUCAGAUGUAAAACCAGUUCAUAUGUUUAUACCAACCUCCACUGGUACCUUCAGAAAUCUGGAGAAGCUCCUAAACUCCUGAUUUAUUCAGCUACAAACCGUCAGUCUGGAGUUUCAAAUCGUUUUAGUGGAAGUGGGGGUUCGCCAUGGACUGACUUCACUCUGACCAUCAGUGGAGUUCAGGCUGAAGAUUCAGGAGUUUACUACUGUCAGCAGAGUUACAACACACCGUUCACACAGUUUUACAUCCAGGCCCACCACACCUCAGCAUCCUGUACAUGUGUUCAAGUCCUCCAGUGGCCGUCCGCCUGCAGCACCCCGGGGCUCCUGCUCUGCUCCCAGCUGCUGCUGCUGCUGCUGCUGCCGUCCACCUUCCAGGCCAGACUCCAGUCUGAGGGGAAGCCCUUGUUGGCCAGACACGUGAGCGUGGCCUUCCCCUGCUGCAGCUCCUGGCUGGAGGGGGGCAGCACCGUCAGGGAAGCCACAGAAAUCCUCCUCAUCAAAAACAUGACUUUGAUCUCCGUCCUCAUCUGGACUCUCCUCUGCUGCUGCUUCACAGAGUCCAGAGGCCAGAUCACAGUGACUCAGCCUGCAGCAGUGAGAGCUGAUCUGAGAGGAUCUGCAACCAUCAGCUGUAAGACCAGCCAGGAUGUUCAUAAUGGGUUCUAUUUAGCUUGGUACCAACAGAGAGGUGGAGAAGCUCCUAAACUUCUCAUUUACUUUGCUGAUGAUAGAGCAUCAGGGAUUCCAGAUCGUUUUUCAGGCAGUGGAAGAGACACUGACUUCACUCUGACCAUCAGUGGAGUUCAGGCUGAAGAUGCAGCAGUUUAUUACUGUCAGAGUUAUCAUGUUAUCAACAGUCAGAAUGUGUUCACACAGUGA